CCGCGGGGCUCCGGGCUGGGCCGGCCGCCUCCCGGGAGCCCGCGGACGGCGCCGAAGCGGAGGAGCGCUCGUUGCAGCACAUGCUGCGCGCCAUAGCGGAGGAGCGCGGUCGCCUCAACCUGCGCCGCGAGGUCUGCGGCCUGGGGUGCUUCAAGGAUGACCGGAUCGUCUUCUGGACCUGGAUGUUUUCUACCUACUUCAUGGAGAAACUGGCCCCCAGGCAGGACGACAUGCUUUUCUACGUGCGCAGGAAGCGAGCCUACCCAAGCAGUGAGAGCAGCGUCGACGGGAGGAAGGCCGAGGCCGAGCCUGAGGUGGAGGUGGAAGUGUACCGGAGGGACUCCAAGAAGCUUCCAGGCCUGGGAGACCCUGACAUCGACUGGGAAGAGAGUGUCUGCCUGAACCUCAUCCUGCAGAAGCUGGACUAUAUGGUGACCUGCGCUGUGUGCACACGUGCUGAUGGAGGUGACAUCCACAUUCACAGGAAGAAAUCCCAGCAAGUGUUUGCGUCCCCCAGCAAACACCCCAUGGACAGCAAAGGAGAAGAGUCCAAGAUGAGCUACCCCAACAUCUUCUUCAUGAUUGACAGCUUCGAGGAGGUGUUCAGUGACAUGACCGUGGGGGAAGGAGAGAUGGUCUGUGUUGAGCUGGUGGCUAGUGACAAGACUAACACGUUCCAAGGUGUCAUCUUUCAGGGGUCCAUCCGCUACGAGGCGCUCAAGAAGGUGUAUGACAACCGCGUGAGUGUGGCGGCCCGCAUGGCCCAGAAGAUGUCAUUUGGCUUCUACAAGUACAACAACAUGGAGUUUGUGCGCAUGAAGGGGCCUCAGGGCAAGGGCCAUGCUGAGAUGGCUGUCAGUCGCGUGUCUACAGGCGACACAUCCCCCUGUGGGACCGAAGAAGACUCAAGCCCAGCUUCGCCCAUGCAUGAGCGGGUGACCUCCUUUAGCACCCCGCCCACCCCGGAGCGAAACAACCGGCCCACCUUCUUCUCUCCGUCCCUCAAGAGGAAGGUGCCCCGGAACCGCAUCGCGGAGAUGAAGAAGUCACACUCGGCCAACGACAGUGAGGAGUUCUUCAGAGAGGACGACAGUGGAGCUGACCUGCACAAUGCUACCAACCUGCGGUCUCGAUCCCUGUCGGGCACAGGACGGUCCCUGGUUGGGUCCUGGCUGAAGCUGAACAGAGCUGAUGGAAACUUCCUUCUCUAUGCACACUUGACCUACGUCACCUUGCCACUACAUCGGAUCUUAACAGACAUCCUGGAAGUACGACAGAAACCCAUCUUGAUGACCUAGUGUGUGUGGAGCCUGCACGGAGCCCCGGCCCCGCCUGGCCCUGGGAAUGCUGCCAAGUGCCUACCUGUCACCACCAUGGGGGUCUUCUGUGACAAGCCAGCGCUGGAGCUACAGCCAGGCAGGGCCACUCGACUCCUGGGGCCAGGGCCGACUCCAUGAACACCAGCCCAAACUGAAGUGCCUCGCCCUCCUCCUCUGCUGGCUCUGCUCUCACCCUGUCCUGCACUCGGCCCCCUCAGCCCAUCUCUGGAGAGUCUUCUGCUCCCAGAGGGCCAGAGACACCAAGAGGUCAUAGAGAGCAUGAGGGGCUGCCAGUUUCCAGAAUGUUCUUAGACCUCCCGACCUCGCUUCCCGUCCCCCUGCUGGGGCUCUGUGCCAGGCCACUGUCCACGCAUCCUACACAAAGCCAGUUGAAGAUUUUGUAAAGCAGUACUGACAAACUUCAGCUCGCGAGUUAGCCCCAACUUGCUCCCCCACAGUUACUUACUGCAGUGGGUUCCAGCUGGGAGUCAGGGGACAUGAGCUGUUUGUCGGCUGGGAAUACCUCGCCCCAUGCCCAGCUCAGAAUGGGUCUCAAGCUCCAGCUGGGCAGACAGGCCCGAUCCCCCAGAACGGCCUUUGCUUCCAUCCAAAGAACACCGCCCAACACACACACCUCUGACCCCGGGACGCAGAUUUGGGUUCUGAAGCAAUGUGGGAGGGAACUUGCCCUGAGGACCGGAUUGGAAUCCUUGCAGGAAGGUGUCAGGUAGAACCACCCUGGGGCCAGAGCUCAGAGCAAGGCUGGUGCUGUCCUUUCUGCCGUGCUUGGUCAGCAUGCUGGUCUUGUCCUCAGUGAGUGCAAAUGGCCACAGGUCAGCCCCCCAGGGCUCCCCUGGCAGUGUGCUCUAGCUCAGGCCUCCACUACCCAACUGGAAUAAACUGGAAGCUGGGCCCUGUAGUUGCUGGGUUUAGUGUCCCAGGUUCCGGAGAACUCAGCUGUGUAUGUAGAGCUUGGCUCCUCUAGGCUGUAAAGCAGGCACAGGAGCACGGCUCCACUCCUUGGUCUCUGGGAGUGGGAACUACUUUGGGGCUUUCUCUAGAUUUUGUAUGUUGUUAUUAAAAGCGAGCUAUUGCAUUUCA